AACACAUGUGUGAGGACCGCGGAGGGAGCGAGUGAGCCCGCGAGAGGCCAGCGCCGCCGCCGCCGCCGCCUCCGAGCAGGGCAGCGGCGACCCGGGCAGCAGCCCCGGCAGCGGCGCAGGCUCCCCGCGCGCCGGGCCUCGGCCGGCCGCCGCUCCCCGCCUCCCCGGCGGCCCGCCUCCCGGGCUCCGCACCCGCCGCCGCCGCCGCUCCCGGAGCUGCUGUUUCUGCGGCUGCUCCCCGGCCGAAGGUGCAGGAGGCUCGGCCGUGCGGCCGCCGCCAGCCCGGAGCGAGCGAGCUGAGCGAGCGCGCGGGAGGGAGGAAGGCGGCGGAGGAGGAGGAGCGGGAGGCGCGCGGGCGGGGGCGGGGGCCGCCGGGCGGGGAAUCUACAAAGUGAAGCCACAUUGCCAAACUUGCAGCAGCGAUUGCAGCAGUUGCUGCCGCUGCGCCGCGCCGGAACCGCGCCGCGCGGGCCGAGGGCUCCUCCGCUGCUCGCACGGAGCCAGAGGCGGAGGACGAGGACUGAGACUGACACUUCUGUUCCCGGCCGCCUGCCACUUACGCGGCCCCCCUCCCCGCCCCCCAACCCAGCUUCAGAGCCACGCGUUUAAAAAAAAAAAAAAAAGCCCGUAGCCCCAUCCUCCCCUUUCCUGGUUCUGCAAGUACCCCCCCUCCCUCCAGCCAAGGCGCCCCUUCCUUGGAAGCCGAGCGGCUCCGCUCGCAUUUCGCCGCCGCCGCCGCCUCUCGCAGUAUUGCAAUAUAGGGGAGAAGCAGACCAUGGUGAAUCCGGGCAGCAGCUCACAGCCGCCCCCGGUGACGGCCGGCUCCCUCUCCUGGAAGCGGUGCGCAGGCUGCGGGGGCAAGAUUGCGGACCGCUUUCUGCUCUAUGCCAUGGACAGCUACUGGCACAGCCGGUGCCUCAAGUGCUCCUGCUGCCAGGCGCAGCUGGGUGACAUCGGCACGUCCUGUUACACCAAGAGCGGCAUGAUCCUCUGCAGAAAUGACUACAUUAGGUUAUUUGGGAAUAGCGGUGCUUGCAGCGCUUGUGGACAGUCGAUUCCUGCGAGCGAACUCGUCAUGAGGGCCCAAGGCAAUGUGUAUCAUCUUAAGUGUUUUACAUGCUCUACCUGCCGGAAUCGCCUGGUCCCGGGAGAUCGGUUUCACUACAUCAAUGGCAGUUUAUUUUGUGAACAUGAUAGACCUACAGCUCUCAUCAAUGGCCAUUUGAAUUCACUUCAGAGCAAUCCACUACUGCCAGACCAGAAGGAAAGCCUUGGGUAUUGAUGAAAAACAUGUUAGCGAAUGUGGCACAACUAUCUUGUUCUCUUAGCAAGUUUAUAGCAUUGGCGGAAACAGCAUGCCAACCCAUACCUGUACCUGUGCUGAGGGUCUCUUAGUUCUUAGGGACCCCGUGGUCUUCACAGUUUCGUGCAGUGGGUGAAGCAGCCGUCUCCUGGUGUGCUUCUAGACUCCUGUGGUCUGCUGUGUGCUCUGUUUAUUUUGUUUAGCUCGUACACUCCUCUGUAGGCUCUGCCUUUCCCUAUGUUUGGAGGAGGGUUUGGAAUUCAUUUAAUAGAAGUCUCGAGAUGUUCGGUUGCUAGUUCUAGGCGGUAGAUUAUCCCCCAGCCACGGCCUCUGCAGUGCCUGCAGAGGUGCCCUGAGGAGAGCGCGUGUGGGCCAGAGACGACUCCGUGGGUCCGUGGCCAGGGCUGGAAGGAGGAAAACCAAAGAGCCAGGCUUGCAAAUAUGUGAGCAAAUCUCAACCACAACUUCCGCCUGUCACAGGUUAAUAAAGCCAGGUGUUUAACGCUACCUUUAAUUUCCUUUCUAAAAAUGGCGAUUGUUUUAUUUUCUCCUGUUCCAGAAGAGCUCCCGAGGCCCUCUCUGGAGAAUAGGAAUAGGUUCGCUCUAGAGAGAGACCGGGCUUUGGCACAGCUCGACGAGCAGUCAGCUUCGCUUCCCUGCGCGGUCUGUGCUUACUGCCUGCCUUCAGGUUCCAGGCCAGGAGGAAAAACCACUUGCUCAAACUGCACUCUUCUUGGAGGAGAAUUUAAAGGCAGAGAGUAAAAGUGAAUAGUUUAUUAGCGCUUAAGACAAAAAUAAAAUGAACAAAAUCACAUAAAUAAUAUCCAUUUGAGUUAGAUCCUUGGGGAAUUUCUAGGAACUAGUUCUGGCUCUUACAUUAUUUUUCUUUUAAGAUACGGUAAGGGAACUUGGACUCUUCAGGAUAGAAAAGGGGAAAUGUUAAUAAGAAUGCAAGCAUCUGCUCUAUUCUUUUUGGCAUAAGCACUCAUGUCCCAUAUAGGGUAGAAAUUCAAAGGAGGUAGUUAAUAACUUUAGUAAGUAAUACAGUGUGGCAUUUAGUGAUGUGGAGGGCUAAGGUUAUUAAAGACUUUAAAUGAACUAUUAUACGGCUGGUUCCUCAAGCACUGCUGCGUAUUUAAUAACGAGCUUCUAAAAGCAUUUCUUAAGUUGCAGACCUAUAAGAUUACAAAUGUCACUCAUGUUAGUAUAAUCCACAUGCAAGUGAUGAAGUCUUCUCUUUGAUGUGCUAAAUUGGAGAAGGACUAAUGGAGCUAUGAAUAUACAAUAGGACAUAUUUAAGUAGUAGUCUUGCUUUAGGUAAAACACUUUCUUGAAACCAGAGGCAUUUCAAACAAUAAAACCCAGCUCUAAUGGGGAUGCUCUGUGGAUAGAAAGCCACUAAAAACACUCAGGUUUAUUCUGAUGUGAGCAGUGAUUAUGUUCCUCCCCCAACCCCAACAUAGCUUAGAGAGAAAAAAACCCCACCAGCUUGUUCACCUUUCAUUAUUGCAUUUGUGAUGUUAGUGAGAUGUACUCUGUUCUUUUGAAAGGCCUUAUUUAAUAUUACCCAUGUCACAGAGCAAGAUGGCCCCCCGUCCCUACAAGCAAGUGCAAUUAAAAAUAAAAGCAAAUGUAACUGAGCCCUGCUGUACUGAUUAAAAAAAUGUUUAUGGUACGUAUACAUGUCCCAAUUAUGCAAACUGCCACUCUUGCUAAUGAAACAGUUUUGUACAAAGAUUCUCCUUUGAAAGGGUUGGGUGUUUUUACCUGCCUUGUUACAUUUACACACCCCAAAAGGCAGGAGGGCCUUGAGAGAAGCCUUUCCAACCCAAACCGUCUGCCACAAGAAACUAUUUCCAGCUCUUCAUGAUUCAUGAGGAAGUAGUUUAACACAGACCGUAGUGUCUUAGAAAAUACAGACUGAGAAAACUCCAAAGUUUCUCAUUUAUUAAUGAGAAAACACCAAAAAGAAGCCUGUGAAAUUGUCAUCCUUUCAAUAUUAACUUUAAUUUCUUUUGCCCUCAUUAACACUGAUAUUUGAAACAACUAAUCAUCUAAAAUGAAGCUUUUAAAUGUCAAUAUAGUAAGAUUCUAAUGUGCACCAUGUUUAUGUAAAAUACUUCUCAGAGCUAAUAAGUUCUAUAACAGUGAAUCUCAGAGCUAUAGAUCAUGUAGCCUAAAUAACUAUUUAGGUCAAAAAGUGAUUUUCCCAAUGACUCCUUCACCGGGGAAUUCCAUCCCAGGUGCUUGAGCACUUAUGACUCAGGUUGAGAGGCCAUUGGAAACAGACUAUUUACAAGUUGAUGUGACUUCUUGCAUUGUUACUAACACUCACCUAUUGUCAGUCCAGCCAAGUCACAGAAAUGCUUAUUGCAGUUAAAGAGCAAUUUGUUUCCAUGAAACUGCAAUUAAAGUAUUACUGAGCAGCCAUUUUAGAUUGGCAAUGCUCUGAACGCAUGUUAAACAGCCAGCACCUCCCACUUGCCGAGCCUGCGAUCUGACUCGCAGCAAAGUGGGACGCAUUCACCCACGUUGGGUACCUAGUUAAGAGGCAUUUGCAGCCCUCUGUUCCCAUCAUGAACAUGCUGAGAGCAAUGGCAAGUCAGGGCUGAUUUUUGGAAGGUGAACUUGCAACUUACCUCCAGUGACUACUAUUUGCAGUUGCACGAGAAGUGAGAAGUACUUUAUGCUGACGGAUAUGUGCAUGUCUCCUAGAGGGAACGUUUUCGAGUUCAGAUUGAUUCUGCGGAGAAUGGACUGCAACUCGGAGGCUUUGAGCCAGUCGUGCUGCAGGUCCUGACAUGUUACAGCUGUGUAAACAGGGCCAUUCUGUCUCCUAAAUCACAACUAAUAAAGCAUAGGAUGAAAAUCAA